UUCUAUGAUAUCGCGAUACUUCUGUGACCAAUAGCAACGCAGCGGCGGAAACUCAAAUUGAAUGUUAUUUCCGCAGGGAACCAAGAGACGGACUUUAUUCCAGUUGGUGCUGCCUCGGAUGGUUUUCUCCUCGUGUUGUAGCUCACAACACAAGACCACAGCAGGAAAUCUCCAUUAAUUCCACCCUGUUGAGGCUUCACGAUGGAAAACGUCGCAGUUUCAAGGCGAAACCACACAAAUAAGAGAGGAAACAAGGAAAAUGCUCAGCCUGCACUUGGAAGCAAGCCCUUAAUCAGAAGAGAUAAAACGUCUGUUAAUCCCUUCCAACUAACAAGCAACACAAAAGAAGAAACCUUGACAAAGAAGGUUCCUCUUAAAUCCAAAGAGGACACGAGGUCAACAUCUGGUGAGGCUCAGAAAAAGGUAAAGACUGUGCAGAAAGAUGGGAAAGGAGCUGCUGCUGAUGCCAAACUACGAGCGACACACAGCCGAGCCUUCCUCACUGAACAGGCAGUGAGGCACAAACAAAUCAUUGCAGAAGCUCCAAAGCCACCAGCUGCUGUGACAUCAUCAAAACCUGCUCCCGGCAUGUACAAAGGCAAGAUUAUCCAGUCAAAAAUUGGAUCCAUUUGGAAGUCAUCUGCCGUCGCGGGUGGGGCAGAUUCAAAACCAUCAGCACCCAAAACAGAGGGUCAAAGAGUUGGAAAUGCGACAAAAAGUAGGUCCAAGUCUGUUGCUGACCUGCCUCGGAAUGUCACACAGAAACACGUGGCGACAAGGUCCAAGUCAGUGAUGGAUCGACCUGCUCAGGUCUCCAAGCCUGCUGCCAGCAGCCGUCCUCCUGCUGGGUUCUACUCUGCUCGCCCUCCUGCCAGGACCGUCCCAGCAACACUAGCCAGCACCAGCACCAGGAACACUAAAGUGGCUCCCACCAAGGGAAGUGGGACUCAGGUGUCAGUGACGGACAAGAAGGUCAACAAGCCUCCUGUCUCAAGCGCCCGCAGUCAGUACAGAUUCACUGUGGAGACUGCAGAGGAGAGAAGAGCGAAACUAGCCGAGUGGUUAGCCUCCAAGGGUAAGGCCUCCAAGAGACCAGCCAUGACAACAACAGGACCCUCCAAAACCAAAGUCCCAGCAAAACCUAAAGCUGAUCUCAAACCACAGUCUAAGGUUGAGACUCAGUCGGCUGCACAGUACAAACCUGAACCCAGACUGGAAGCAGCCAAGCCAGAGUUACCAGCACACAGCCAGACCCCCAUGAUCAUGAACACCACUCUGGACCUGCUCGAGAACUCUGAUGCAGAUCAGUUUGUUGAACCACAGGAGAGUGUGGAUGAUAUUGUUGUCAACCUGUGUGAUGCUUUAGAGGCCUUGGAGACGCCCUCGAGAUGUGACGAACUUUCCCAAGUGACAGAAGUGUGCAAUAAUGCUGAAAUGGAAGACGGCGAAGACGAGGAUGAAUGUGAAGAAGAGGUGAAGGAGGAAGUGCCUGAGGAUGUUAGUGAGCAGCUGAAGUUGGAGCAAGUGAAGGAUGAAGAAGAAAAAAAAGGAAAUGGUGACCAGAAAGUGGAGACGGAUGAAGAAGAAAGUGAUGAUGAGGAUGUGAUGGAGACAACACCACAGAGGGAUGACGCUUCAGUCAUCAAGUACAGUGUGAAGACCACUCCGUACCUGCAGAGUGUGAAGAAGACGAUUGAAGAGGAGUCCAGCGUGAGUAAAUCCAGAAGAAAGAGCAACAUCAAAGAUCUGAAGUUCCUGACCCCGGUGCGUCGUUCCUGCCGCAUCGAGAAGAAAUCCUCCCGCCUGCCCAGCAUGCUGGUGGAACAGGAUCCCUGCGUGUCGUCGCUGGCUGAGCUGGUGAAGCUGGACGAUGAUCCCAACGCCUACAUCUACAGAAAAAACCAUGCACUUUUGGAUGAUCUGCCAGAUCAGCCCAGGUUGUAAAUGUGGUCUGUAUAAAAAAAUAAAAAACCUACCAGUAAAUGUAUGGGACUGGUGCUAAUGGACACUUUAUACUGCUAUGUUUAAAUGUUUUUACUAAUCAGAAUAAAAUACUUUUAAAUGUUUUAUGGUAUUGGGAAGGAAAUGUUAUUCCUGUCUUUUGAAUGUAUUGUCUGGUUCUUAACACGAUUGUUUAAUACAAAGUUGACGUGUUGCUAAAUACAUUGCAAUAAAACACUAUUGCCUUA